UAAAGAUGGCAGCUGUCUGCUAGUGAAAAACUUUUCUUCCUAACCUUUCGUCAUAAUUAAACUUCAGGGCAUUUUUAAAAUUAAUAAAGCCCUCGGUGGUAAUUUAUUAUUCAAUGGUGAAUGAUACUGCCCACUUCUUAAGCUACUAUACAGAAACAAAAUACAAAAUCCAGUUACAUCUUUUAAAAACUACAUAAUUUUGGUGUAGCCCUUAACAAAUGUUUAAGCCAAGUUUUAUUGAUAGAACUUUUUCAAAAUUCAAUGAAAUUUGUUUAUAGCUUUGUAAUCAGAAGUACUAUUUUUCUUGUUAGUCAGCUUAACUUUAAACUUGCUAAUGCAAUAUGGAAGAGAAAACAAGCUUUCAAGUUUUGCCAUGCACAGAGAUUAAACAGGAAUCAAUUGAGGAGUUUGAGCCUGAUGUUUCAAACAAUUACAUACAGAUAAAGGACGAACCAAUGGAGGACUUUAAGUCUGAUGUUGCAACCAAUUACAUACAGAUAAAAGACGAACCAAUGGAGGAAUUUAAGUCUGAUGUUGCAACCAAUUACAUACAGCUAAAACUAGAUAUAACAGAGAAAUUUAAACCUGAUGUUUCAACAAAUUUUUCAAAUUUUGUUGACAUGAAGCCAUUGCUAUCUUUUAAGUGUGAGAAACAAGAAGUUUUGACUGAACAACUUAACUCUAUGCCAGAUUUUACUGCUAGCAGAGAAAAUUUUCAAUUUGCUAAGUCUGAGAUAUUUAGUGAAUUAAAAGAACUGAAAAUUAUGCUCAAUCAAUCAUUAGAUAAUAAGUUGUUUUAUAAUCAGUCAAAUCAUGAAGAAGAGAAACCAAUUGAAUGUGACAUUUGUCAUAAAAAGUUUAUCUGUAUUAACGCGUUGUCUGUUCAUAAAAGCAUUCAUUCGCAGGAAAAGCCUCAUGAGAGUGACAUUUGUCAUAAAAAGUUUGCUCAAAAGUAUAUGUUAACUGUUCAUAAAAGAAUUCAUUCUGGAGAAAAGCCUCAUGAAUGUGACAUUUGUCAUAAAACUUUUACCUCAAAGUAUAAGUUAUCUUUUCAUAAAAUAAUUCAUUCUGGGGUAAAGCCAUAUGAAUGUGGCAUUUGUAGUAAAAAGUUUGUUCGAAAGUAUUCCUUAAAUAUUCAUAAAAGAAUUCAUUCUGGAGAAAAGCCUCAUGAGUGUGACAUUUGUCAUAAAAAGUUUACUGAAAAGGUUAUUUUAUCUGCUCAUGAAAUAACUCACUCCGAAGUAAAAUCACAUGAAUGUGACAUCUGUCAUAAAAAAUUUAUUAAAAGAAAAUCUUUAAAUGCUCAUAAAAAAAUUCAUUCUAGAGAAAAACCAUUUGAAUGUGACAUUUGUCAGAAAAGGUUUUCACAUAAGAGUAAAUUAUCUGAUCAUAAAAUAAUUCAUUCAGGGGAAAAGCCAUUUGAAUGUGAUAUGUGUUGUAAAACAUUUGCUCGUAAGUACACAUUAACAGUUCAUAAAAGAGUUCAUUCUAGAGAAAAACCAUAUGAAUGUGACAUUUGUUCUAAAAAGUUUUCUGAAAAAAAAAAUUUAUCUGUUCAUGAAAGAAUUCAUUCUGGAGAAAGGCCACAUGAAUGUGACAUCUGUCAUAGAAGGUUUACUGGAAAAUAUUAUUUAUCUGUUCAUAAAAGAAUUCAUUCUGGAGAAAGCCCUGAAUGUGAUGUUUGUCAUAAAAAGUUUACGCGAAGGUACUCCUUAACUCUUCAUCAAAGAAAAAUACAUUAUGGACAAAAGACUUCAUGAUCAUAAUAUUUGUCAUCAAAAGGUUUUACACAAUUAUUAUCUAUCUAGUUUUUUUUUAAAAAGGCAUUCUGUAUAAAUUAACAUUUUAAUAUG